AUGGAGGAUCCUGCGACUACGCCAAAGGACAACCCGGAGAAGCGAAGCGACCCAUUCCAGUUCGGGACCAGGUAUCUCGAGGAUGGAGACGACAUCUUCGCUCACAACGCGUGGGAUCACGUCGAGGUUGAUGCGCAGUACACCGAAUUCAUCGAGCAGCAGACACAAUUCCAAAAGGAGAACCAGGUCUCCGACUUCGACAAGAAGCGGUUCAAUGACCAGCCUGAGAAGUGGUGGAAUAAGUUCUACAGCAACAAUCAGGCGAAUUUCUUCAAGGAUCGGAAGUGGUUGUUUCAGGAGUUCCCGGUCUUGGCAGAGGUCACGAAGGAAGGCUAUGGUCCGGUCACAGUAUUGGAAGUAGGAGCCGGCGCUGGGAAUACGGCUUUCCCAGUGCUGGCUUUGAACCAUAACCCAGAGCUACGCCUUCAUGCAUGUGAUUACUCCAAAAAGGCCAUUGAUGUGAUCCGUUCGCAGCCCGCGUAUCUCGAGCAGACUGGUUCGAUUCUGCAUGCGGAUGUGUGGGAUGCUGCCAGUAGUACAGAACUACCGCCAGGUCUCACCGAAGGGACCGUGGAUGUCAUCGUGAUGAUCUUCAUCUUCUCCGCCUUGUCGCCCGAUCAAUGGACCCAGGCUGUGGCCAAUGCCUGGAACUUGCUCAAGCCUGGUGGUGAGGUCCUCUUCCGCGACUAUGGACGCGGUGAUCUUGCUCAAGUGCGGUUCAAGAAGGGUAGAUACCUCGACGAGAACUUCUACGUUCGAGGCGAUGGUACAAGAGUGUACUUCUUCGAUCAGCAGGAGCUGCGCCACAUCUGGGGAGGGGUGGACAAGGCAGGGGAUGCAGCCGCCAGCACGGAGAAGGAGUCGUCUUACGGCACCGAAUCAUCACAUAGAUUCGAGAUCUUGAAUCUCGCGGUCGAUCGACGAAUGCUAGUGAAUCGACAGCGUAAGCUCAAGAUGUACCGGUGCUGGAUGCAAGGUCACUUUCGCAAGCCUGGUUCGCAGAAGCUUGUCAAGGAAGACCAUGAAGAGGCAACGUAG